AUAAUAUAUAUGGAAAGUCUACAACCCCGACAACGAAAAUUGACUAUUUCCGGUUGCUAUGUUUGAAAUUGUCAGUAAUGGCAACCAUAGUAUGAAAUUUAUAUUUACUUUCGAUAUAAAUUAGACGAAUAUGGAAAAUAAUUAUAAAUAGAAUAACAGCGACUGAAGCAGCAAACGGAAGAAAAUGUGUCGAUAUCGGUUAUUGCCAUGAAAUCCACUAAACUGACUAUUCAAUAUUUCUAGGAUUGUUUAAUCUUGUUCACAGAGCGCCAAUGUCUCGCAUAGCACAAAAACUAUGCGACGAGAUAGUUGAACCAGCUUUGAAUCCAUCUCGCACGAACACUUCCGCAGUAAAUUCAAAUAAGUAUUUCUAUAAUUCAGCUAAACAAGAACCGAAAACUACUAGAUCUGUCGUCAUCGAGAAAAGGAAAGUUAUAAACAAAUUAUUACCAUAUGAAUCAGGGACUAGAAGAAAUGUUAAAACAAUACAUUCAAAAGACACUGUUUUAAGAAAAAAAUACGUUGACGUGGGAUCAAACACGUAUAUAACAGGGCCCUUGAGGUGCGACAAUAACUGCGUGACACUAGUACGCAGACGAGAAACUCGCUGCAGCUGCAAGAUUCCGCAAAAACGAACAACUAAAGCAAACGUCAAACAAAUACAGACCCUUGGUUGGAAGAAUUAUGCAUUUACGGAUAAAGCUUGCGCGCGAUGCAUAGAGACUGUUAACUGUGGCACUCAAUUCUACGAUGCAUAUUGUAAUGAAACUAGAGUUCCGAAGACGAGCAGGAAUACAGUGCCGACCGUCAGAGACAUAAAACCAUGGUCAAUCAUGCAGGAGUCUCCUAAUGUGAGAAGAGAAUUGUCAAACACUAUAAACCGGCCGACAAAUCUAAGCCAUUAUUACAUGGGUGGCAAGCGAUGGGCAUUAUCACAAUACCCGACGAGAGGUCCAGAUUUUUAAUAAAUUAGUACUCUUGCAAAAACCACAAUAGUUGCUCAUUAUUUUAAUAAUAAUAAAAAUCUCAUCAAGUGUAUAAU